CCAUUAAAAACAUUGGCCAAGCAACGUCCCACUCCGAAUAUUUUCAACGCGUAUACUCUGCUCACUGUUUCACUGCAGUUUCUUGUGCAUUUCGGAUGUUUGCUGUACGUCGUGCAAGAGGCGCAUAUAACUGAGCCACGUGACAAGAUUGACUUGGAAGCAGAGUUCAAGCCAAAUUUGUUAAAUUCGGCCGUGUACAUUAUGGCGAUGGCGCUCCAAGUUUCCACUUUUACUGUUAAUUAUCGGGGUCGUCCAUUCAUGGAGAGUCUAAUGGAGAAUAAGCCGAUGUUGUAUAGUUUAUUGUUCUCUGGAUGUGCUGUCUUCACGCUGGCAUCUGGCGUAUCGCCUGAAUUGACAGAGAAAUUCGAACUUGUUCAGCUUCCAGCGCAGGUUUGUAUUUGA